AGGAAGUACGGCGCGGCGUGGUGGGAGGUGUGUGGGGGCGGCCGCCAUGGCUGACGAGAUCAGCAAGGCGCAGGUUGCUCGGCCCGGUGGUGAUACCAUCUUCGGGAAGAUCAUCCGCAAGGAGAUCCCCGCCAAUAUCAUCUAUGAGGACGAGCAGUGCCUUGCGUUCCAUGAUAUUUCACCCCAAGCUCCAACACAUUUCCUAGUGAUUCCUAAGAAGCCUAUUGUCAGGUUAUCUGAAGCAGAAGAUUCUGAUGAAUCUCUUCUUGGGCAUUUAAUGAUUGUUGGCAAGAAGUGUGCUGCUAACCUGGGCCUGACCAAUGGAUUCCGGAUGGUUGUGAAUGAAGGGCCUGAGGGUGGGCAGUCUGUCUAUCAUGUACAUCUCCAUAUUCUGGGUGGUCGUCAGUUGGGCUGGCCUCCUGGCUAAGAUUACAUCACAAGAGUUAACUGCAUGCUGCAGAUUACCACCAAGUAGAUUUAACAAUGUUGCUCAUCAAUCUAGCCACUGUUUAUGUAUUUUUUUUUUCAGUGUAUGUCAUCCAAGGGUAAUAAAUGCUCUGAAUAAACAUUCAAAUAACAAGAAUUCGCACAAUAAAGAUUAAGCAUGGGAGAAUCAUCUCUGUGUGGUGUUCCUUACUGACAGAAACAAUUCUAGCUCAGCAAUGUCCACAAAAUUGCUUCCGCUUUUAUUCACAGCAGAGCAAACAGCAUGAGUUUGCUUUUCCAGCUGUGACAUACAGACAUUCAAGUGUUGAAUCAAAAGAUAUGAAGUAAGUGGGAAGCAUGGUUCACUUUUUGCUCUAAGACACCUCUCUGGAUUGUGUUUUGGUCUCCCUGGAGACUGCAGUUAUCAGUAAGUCAUAAGCUAGCCUAA